CCCAAACAACUGCUUCAUAAUGACGAAGGAUACAAAUGGCUUACACCUGUCGUAAAGUUUUGGUCUUUUUAGCUUUUAUUUCAAAUGUGGUGUUCUACAGUUCUGUACACCUGUGGUCUAAUUUAAUACAAUGCAAAGUAACAGCAGAAAGCCAGAUCCAAUAAGACCCCGACCAAGCUGUGUCAGUUCUGGUGAUGAAACAAAACAAGUCCGCAAAGUUCAUACCAGGAGAGUUCCUUACAGAGUUGGAUACACUUGGAACAAAGGUGGAAGGCUCAAGGAGCUAAGAAUAAGGCACUUGGCAAGGAAGUUCCUGAAGAUAUGGAUUCAGAAUACCUUUGGCCGAAUUUUUCUUCAUAAAGCCAGGUCCCACUAUAAGAGCGUGGUCUUGAGACGAGCCUUUGAAGGAUGGAGAGACGAGUGGUGGAUGUCCAGGAGGGAGUGGAGUCUUACAAUGCGGGCAGAGUGUCACUAUAGGUAUUAUCUGUAUAGCUUGGCAUUCCAUCGCUGGCGGACGUUUAUGUCAUUACAGAGGGAAAAGAAGAGCAAAAUCCAAAAUGCACAAUCAUUUGCUGACAGGCAACGGAUGCGUCUGGUUUGGGACAGAUGGGAGCUUUUCACAGAGAUGAGGCGAAUGAAGAACAGAAUGCUUGAAUCUGCCCUUAAGCUGAACAGACUCACAACCCUGCAUUCAGCGUGGAGCCUGUGGCAGACAAGGCUGCAGCAGCAUCGAGACUUUUACUCCUUAGAGGAUCAAGCCCUGAAACAAAGGGCACUAACUUUACAGAGCAGGACUUGGCUUCAGUGGAAAGAAAUGCACACAGCUGCUUUUUGCCAGAGAGAAAAAGAAUCCAAAGCUGCACUUCACUUUAUCCUCAGACUGAAAAGAAAUACAUUACAUCACUGGAAAACUUAUGUGUCACAUCUUCAAAUCAAGAAAAAGUCACAAGCUGUGGCUCAGCGUGCUUACCAUCUCCACCUGGUGAUGAUGUGCUGGAGUAAAUGGAGCAAAGCCCUGCAUCGCAAACAGAGUGAGGAGGACCGUUUGCACGCUGCAGAGAGUUGGGCCGUACAGAGCACUCAGCGCAGAGCAGUGGAAUACUGGAGAGCUUAUGUGGCGUUGUGCAGAGAAGAGGAUGAAAGAAACAGGAUUGCAACUCAGCAUCAUCAUCAUCAUGCGCUGCAUGCUGGAUUGCAGGGACUUUCUCUUAAUGUCAUCUGGAACAAAAUGCACCGACUGAACCACAACAUGGCCGUCCAACAUUAUCAUCAAACUUUAACAAGUAAGUAUUGGAAGCUGUGGCAGGACCGUCUAGAGGAGGCCGAAGAUAAGAGUUUUCAACCCCUAACCGAGAUGGCACUGACUAACCACAGCAUGUCCCUGUUGAGCAGCUGUUUUCACCACUGGAGAGAGAAACUUGCUGAGCAGAGACACAUGCAGGAAUUGGAGCGUCGUGCAGACAUUUGGUUUGCUGAACGCAUGCUGCCCCGUUGUUUCAACUCGUGGGUUGACUUUACUCUGCAGAGGAGACUCCAUGAACGGAGGAGACACAAGGCAGAAGUCUAUAAUCAGCAGCGUCAGUACACUUGGGUGUUUUACACCUGGUGGAGACAAUCAGAGAAACACAAAGAGCAGACGCUUUCUGAGCGGAUGGCAAUCCUACACGAGGAGCGGUGCCACUUGCAGAGAGCUUGGGGUCACUGGAGGCAGCGGACAGAGCAGCAGAUCAGUGAGGAGGAGAAACAGGUGGCUUCAGACAGUCUCUAUCUGCACAGACUGCUUCACAAGACGAUGUCACAGUGGAAGGACAACAGCAGUGAGAUACGAGACAGGAGGAACCGAGAGCUGCAGGCUUGUCAUCAGGGUGACCUGCGGCACAUGAGAUGGGCUGUGGAAAAAUGGAAACAGUUUGUUCAGAGCCAGCGAGUGAAGAAAAGCAGACUGAAGCAGAUGCAGUGCUACCAUGAAGUUAAACUUCUCAGACACACAUUUGAGGCCUGGAAGAAACACCACCUACAGAUGUGUCAGAUCUACGGCCAUGCAGAGGAACUUUACAGACAACAAAAACGGGACUUUCUCAGGAAGGUUCUGUAUGUUUGGAGGGAGAACGCAGUGUUGCAGAUGGAAGUCAGGCUCGUGGAGCGACAAGCACAGAAUCACUUUCAGCAUUUUGUUCAACUAAAGGUGUUUCUUGCUUGGAGAGAGGUAACAACACAUGCAGUGUCAAGGCGCCACCAGCAGGGGGAAGUAGUCAUGAGGGCUCAGAGGUCCAUACAUCAGGUGCGGCUGCUGUGGUCUUUCAGACGAUGGAGAAAGCAAACCAGGGAGGCUCGGAGAGAGAGGAUCUGCAUGGAAAAAUCCAGACGGCACCAUGACUCCAAACUCCUUUCCAAAGCACUGAAAUCAUGGAAAGAGCAUCACAACCAAUAUCAGAAAAAUAAGGUAAUGAAACGACAGGGACUCUUUUUGCUGAGGUUAAAGAUGUACCAGAGAUACUUUGAACAGUGGACAGUGAAGCUGCAGCACAGACGGAGAGAAGCUGAGCAGACGGAGCGAGCGCUCUGGCACUGGUCCCUCUCUCUUCAGGCCAAGGUGUUGCUUGGAUGGAGACUGUGGGUCGCUGAGCAGCGCAGGAAACAAGAGCAGACGGCCAGAGCUGCACAGGUCUACAGAGACCAGCUGCUGAGGGAGGGCGUGACGCGCAUCCUCACGUACGCUGCUCACAUGAAUGACCUCACGACGAGCCUAACGCAGUACAGCCAAGAGCAGAGGUCGAGAAAUCUCCAGAGAGUGGUUAAGCGCUGUGCUAUGCGCUGGAAGCAGCGGGCGCUGUGCAAGCCACGAACGCAGCAAGAGGUCAAAGGGCAACCGUCGAAAAAGAGUGUGACCUUCUGUUUGACUGCACCUGGAGUUAAGAGUGUUGCUCCGUCUGACUCAAUGGAGCAGGAGACUGAAGAUGAAAUGCUCAGGAAGCUACUGCUCAGCCGUACGCUUCGUCGUCAGCCACGUCGCCGCGAGGACUUGUUUGAGUCUCCACUGAACAUAAACACCGGCGCUGAAACAGCCCCAAAACCAUCACAGCUCCAUCCUGUUAAAGUCCCCGUGACCUCCACACAUCAGAGCAUCAUCAUAUCUCAUGUGUCGUCCUCUGAGCCUUGUACAUCCACCAUGGACUCUCCUCAGGAGACCCAAGAUGUUCUUUUACCGCCCUCGGCUUUCACAACCACCUUGACCAAAGAUACGUUGGGGAAGACCAGCAGCUCAGAUCUUGGAGAUGCUCCACUUGUGCCUCCCCUUAAGCAACACUCAUCAGCUUAUCCAGACUCCACAUCCAGCGGAGAAACUGCAGCGACAGAUCCAACUUCAGCUCUGACCGGAGAGCUGCUCAGCAUCCAGUUGGACAUGAAGACAUACCAACAGGACAAGAAGCAGCUCCGGUCUUGGCAAAGACUGAAGGAGGUAUUACAUAGUUGGCUGCAGACCAGCGGAAAGGACGAACAAAUGGAAAAAGAUGCUGUUGGUCAAGAGUUGCAGGAGUUGGAGGAGCGCAUCGACAGACUGUCCACUGAACUGGCAAAACGGAAACCAGCGAUGCUGCGACACGUUGAGAGGAUCCAGCAUUUACACACAGUCCUCAGAGAUCAUUCUGUGUUUACAACAUUACAGGAAAUAGCGCUCAUACGCUCCAAAAGUGCCGACACCUGCUGACCAUUUAACCGCUGUUCAUCUGCUU